AUGGACUCUGCUACAGUUGUAGGAUCCAACGUGGCAGCACCGAAACGCGGCAAGGCGUGCGUCAACUGCGUCCAAAUCAAGUGCAAGUGCAUCCCUUGUGCUGGCAGAGAUGGCUGCGCGAGAUGCCUUCGGCUAAAGAAGACGUGCGUCCCAUCGCCCGCACCUGCUACGUCGAAGCGGGCUAAGGCAGCUGCGCGAACACGCCGUCUCGGCUCACACACGCAGCGGCUGGAGGCUAAGCUUAACGACUUGGUCGACUUGUUGCGGACGACGCAGAGCAUCGAGACCGGUGCCAGCGGAAGCGUACAGAUUCGGCCGUCGCCGUCGCCAACAGCCCCACAGGUCCUCGGGAAGACGCCCCAGACGACGGCGACAGUCACGGCUUCAGCUACGGCCGCCGAUGACAGCGACCUCUCGCCGGCCGAGGCCGAGGAAAUAUUCCGACUGUUUCAAGACGAGAUGUUGCCUUUAGAACCGAUCGUCUAUUUAGCGCCCGAUACCACAGCUCAGCAGCUGCAUCGCGAUGCGCCCUUUCUCUGGCUCUGCAUCAUGGCCGUGGCCGCGACAUCGAACCGACAGCGAAGUCGUCUGGGUGCCCAGGCCCGCCAGCAGUUGCUGGACCAAGUCGUGGCCGCUGGCGAGCGCAGCCUACCCAUCCUGUACGGCAUCAUCGUCCUGCUGGCCUGGUUCCACGUUCUGCCUGCCGUGGACCGCCAAUUUGCUGUCAUGCUGUCACAGCUGGCUGUAGCUGUCGCCUGGGACAUGGGCCUCACCAUGCCGGUGCCGCUUGACCAGAGAGCACCGGGACAUGGCUGUGGCUCCGGCCUAACGGCCCCUCCUGGCCGGUCUGCGGUGCCCCCCAAACACGAGCGCACCAUGGAGGAGCGACGCGCCGUCUUGGCCGUCUUCUCAGUCACCAUGGGCGUGCCCUUAAUGCCGGACGGCCUCUUCUGGUCGCCCUAUCUCGAAGACUGUCUGGCUCACGUUCAGCAGGCUCAGCAGGCUCAACAAACCACCCCUCAGACCAGCCAUGACGCCACCCUUAUUCGCCACAUCCGUCUUCGCCUGCUUAGCAGCCAGAUGCGCCGCGAGACCGCUUGGAGCAACGCAGCCGUCACGUCUACUGCCUUGCCGUAUUCUUCCACCUCCUGGCACAGCAACCUUGCCCCGGCUGCACCAGCCAGUCUGCCCUUUAUCUUCAUGGAGUCGGCCCAACUGUACCUCGAUAGCAUCGUCAGCGAACCCUCAUCACUGGACAAUUUCGCUACCCACAACCUCUAUCACUACGCCCGCCUUACAAUUCACGAGUCAGCUCUCAUACGUCCCCCACCCCCUGGAGCUACCCUUGACUUCCGCCGGCUCGCCGUCUACGAGCGCUGCCUUGACUCUGUUCGCCAAACCUUUGACAAACUAUUCGGCUGUCCAUCCGACCGCUACCUGCGCCUUCCUAAUGGCUCAGUCUGUUUGACCCUCUAUGUCGCCGUCUGUCUUCACCGUCUCAGCACACUUCGUGACCGGUCGUGGAGUGUCGAGGCCGUACGUGAUUCUAUCGAUCUGAUCACCACCGUCGACCGUGUCAUUUCCAUUUUUCAGUCCUGCCAGCUGCAAAUGAUACCGACCUCAUCCACAACACAUGACACCAACGGUGGCACUGCACCAAAUGGUUCCUCGCCCUCCCUAGCUUCUGCCGACACCGUCGUCGCUGCUUUUGCCAUGCGCAAGUUCCAGGCUCUCCGUGCUGUCUGGCUGAGCGACUAUCCACCGCGCCAUAGCCCCAGUAGCAGUGCUACCAUCACCACUACAACCACUACAACCCACACUGCCACCGAAACACCCUCUGUAUCUGCUCUACCUCUCUUCCCCUCCAUGCCUCUCCCGCUGACUGCUGUGGACGAUUUCGACUGCUACCAAUGGCUUCCAGACCUGGCUAUAGGCGUGUCCUGGAUGUGA